UACCCUACCUCUCCCUGCCCAGAACCAGUCCUCGCUCAGCCGCUUCAGUAUGGUGGGCACCCAUGGCAACGAAUCCAGUGCCACGUACUUCAUCCUGAUCGGCCUCCCGGGACUGGAAGAGGCUCAGUUCUGGCUGGCUUUCCCGCUGUGCUCCCUAUACCUUAUCGCUGUGCUGGGCAACUUGACAAUCAUCUACAUCGUGCGGACAGAGCGCAGCCUGCACGAGCCCAUGUACAUCUUCCUCUGCAUGCUUUCCGGCCUCGACGUCCUCAUCUCCACCUCAUCCAUGCCCAAAAUGAUGGCCAUCUUCUGGUUCAACUCCACUGCCAUUCAAUUCGAUGCAUGUUUGAUACAGAUGUUUGCCAUCCAUUCCUUAUCUGGCAUGGAGUCCACGGUGCUGUUAGCCAUGGCCUUUGAUCGCUACGUGGCCAUCUGCCACCCUCUGCGCCACGCCACGGUGCUCACGUUGCCUCGCGUUGCCAAGAUUGGCAUGGCUGCGGUGGUGCGGGGCGCUGCGCUAAUGGCACCCUUGCCCGUCUUCAUUAAGAGGCUGCCUUUCUGUCGUUCCAAUGUCCUUUCCCAUUCGUACUGCCUGCACCAAGAUGUCAUGAAGCUGGCUUGCGCGGAUAUUCGUGUCAACGUCAUCUAUGGGCUCAUCGUCAUCAUCUCUGCCAUUGGCCUGGACUCGCUUCUCAUCUCCUUCUCAUACCUGCUCAUCCUCAAGACCGUGCUGGGCUUGACGCGCGAAGCCCAGGCAAAGGCAUUUGGGACCUGUGUCUCGCACGUGUGCGCCGUCUUCAUAUUCUACGUGCCUUUCAUCGGGCUGUCCAUGGUGCACCGUUUCAGCAAGCGCCGCGACUCCCUGCUGCCCGUCAUUAUGGCCAACACCUACCUGCUCAUUCCGCCCGUGCUCAACCCCAUCGUCUACGGGGUGAAGACGAAAGAGAUCCGGCAGCGCAUCCUGCGUCUUCUCCACGUCACCAUGCGCAGCGAGGCUGCUAGGGAUCAGUGA